UCACAAUGGAUGAUGAGAACAAUCCGUUUGGACAACCAAUCAACCCAAUAAGGGUGAAUGAGAUAUCAGGCCUCUGGGCUUACCUCCAGACCAUAGACUGGUCAGAGAGGUGGCUAUAUGGCCUGGGAGCAUUCCACACCCUUUGUGCAAUACUGACAAUUACCACGCGCCACACUGGCACAGUUCAGGCCAUUUACUUCAGUGCGCUGAUGGUCCUGGUACUUUGCGCCGAGUAUAUCAACCAAUGGGCGGCGGAGAAUUGGAAAUUGUUUGCCAAUCAGCAGUAUUUCGAUAGCAACGGACUGUUCAUAUCUGUAGUGUUCUCUGUCCCAUUGUUGAUCAACUGUCUGUUCAUGGUGAUCUCGUGGCUGUGGGAUGUCGGCCUGCUUAUCUCCAACGUGAAACAGUUGAAGAUAGAGCAGAUGAGGAAGAGGGCUGCAACAUCCAGGGAGCCCACGUCUGGGGAGGCAGAUGAGAAUGGCAGCUGUGAAUCGCCGGAAAGCAAGAAGGAGAAAUAAAUCUGUUGAAGUUUAUUAUGACCAUACAUACUCUGUGUAUUGAUGUUUACAAAUAAGCAUUCUUUUUUUUCAUGUGGGUUAAUUUAUUGUUGGAGGUGGGUAAUCAUUUGCAAUUAUUAUUGAAUGGUUUGUCUCAUAAUUAAUACGAUUAAGACUAAUAAAUCAAUGCUUAAUGUCAUGAUGUUGAAACAAGGUAACAUUGGAUUUUAUUGGCUUUCAUAUUAUUUAUCACAAAAUUAUUGUUAAAAUUUACAUGUUCAAACACUUGUUAAGCCAUUUCAUGUUAAUAACUAUUUAAGUACAUAUUUCAGCUGCACAAUAAUAGAAGCAGCAUUCUUAGUAUUGUUGAAAUAUUUGUUUUCAAACACCUGUUUCACAUAAAUAUUUGUCAUGUUUUGUAGAUGUUUUAACUUAAGGUGCAUUUUUAUUUGGGCUGAAUCUCAGCAAAAUACUGGCCAAAUGUAUCAUGUAAACUGCUAGGAUGAUAAAAUCAUAUUAUAGUAACUGUUUACCGCUUUGAAAUAUUCUAUACUGGUAGUUGCACAUGCUGAUUAUAUUUUUUUAUACAAUUUUAGAGCUUGACAAAGCACAUUGGAAAGCAUCAAUAAAUUUAACUUCUAUCCAUGUUGGAUACUGCAAAUAUCCUGAUUUCAUUGCCUAAUUUUUAAGUCAACAUCAUUUUGAUAUUUAAACAUUGAAAUCACAGUUAAUUUAUCUUAAUGUUAUAUGAUUUGUAAUAAUUUUGUUCCUUGAAUAUUAGUUGAAGUUAGUUUCAUUAUUGUUAUUUGGUUAUCAUAAUAAUUCCAAAUUGAAUCAAAUGUGUGUAGCAUAAUUGGCAUCUUAAGUGCUUCAUUGAUAUUUAACCCUUUUAGCGCUGGAACCGAAUUUUAAUGGCCUUUGCAAACAGUUUGGAUCCUGAUCAGACGCCACAAAAUGUGGCGUCUUAUCAGGAUCCAAAUUGUUUGCUAUUCUGAUAGUGGUCUUUGAAAAAAAGUGAAGAAAAUGAUGAUUUUAGAAAUUCAGCAGACACCAAUUUAGCAGACGACAAAUUUCCCAGCAUGCAAAGGGUUAAUGAAUAUUUCUAUUGUUCAUGAACUCUGAGUAAUUACACUCUGAGUAAAAAAUCAAUAUUGUGUAAUAAUUAUGUUGCAAUAUCAAUAAAAUCUAUUUCGUGCAA